AGUUUGGCUCGAUGUCUCUCAAUGCCUUCGCUGCGUUGCGCCGCCAUGCACGACUGGCGGGAGACAUCGGAGACAUCGGAGACGGAGAACACCACUGACAGUGAGACGGAGAACACGGUUGAGACGUCGGGUUCCUGCCAAGUCCGAAGCGUGGUGUUUAGGGUGGUGGUUUUGUUCAUUUAUACUUAUAUAUGUUUGAUAACAUAGAUACUUAUAAUAUAUAUAUAUACUUAAUACUAUGUUUAUACAUGUGUGUUUUCCCGGUUCCGAAUCCCAAACAAACAAAUUCAAGGAAGUCUUUGGAAGUUCAAACUCGACCCGUCACUGCACAGAUGCUGGACAUGUCUCGGCGCUGUGUGCGUCAUCGUGCUGAGUAGUUUGGGAACCCUCCUCAUUGGCGCUAGGGGUGACAUGGGUGACAUAUCAUACUAUUUGAGAUAUCAUGCAGAUAUGGAUUUCCUCAUCCUGAUGGCUUGUACAGCCGUGGCAGCUUGUGGAGCUAUGUGGGUAUGGUGCCAUGCCUCAACGCCACACCUCCUUCAGGCUUCAGGUUUUCUGGUUCUCAACUGGAUCGAGGGGUUAACCUACACCAGCUGGAUCAUUGCCUUUUUUAGCGGAAACAUCGAGACAGGCUAUUUCUUGCUCGAUCUCAAAGUUGUCUUGCACGUCUGUGAAAUUGUGAUGCUGCAGAUAUUGGUCCAGAACCGUCUCCAAAGCAUUUGGCCAGCACUCAACCAACCUCGAUGUGGAGUGUGGCUGAACAGAAUUCUUUGGGCAGAACUUGCUUUGCUCACACUGGGCACUCUCGCCUUGAUUCCUGAUGCGAUACAACGUGGCAAAUUGGGCAUUCUUAUGUACAUUGCCCUUGCCGCAUUCGCGCUUUUCAUCCCAUGUUGUUUUGUCAUUUGGAUGCUUCUUGUGUUCGCCACCUUGUGCCGUGUCUUGACCAUCUUUCAUGCUGCGCAGCAGAUGGCGCAGGGUGUUUCUUUCGAGUCCGGCAAGGCUUUGCGCCGCAGCCGCAGAGCGGCAUUGCUGCAAGGUCUUGGCUUGGUGAUUAGCUUAGCCAGCACCUGCACUUUGGUUCUUUCCUUUGUGAAUGCCCUUCUGGGAAUAGUCGAUGUUGCUGACACCUUUACGGAACUGGCGCAAUGUGUGAACUUGGUCACCCACACAAUUGGUGUGAUUCUGCUGUCGGGGGCCUAUCGUUUUUGGGGACGAGUUGCUGAAAACCACACGUCCACAGACAGCUGUUCCUGCUUCAAAUCGGUGAGGCCGGUGAGACAGGUGAGGCCGACCAGAGAGAUCGUCGGAAGCGAAUGGGAAGCAAUCACUCAGGAACUGGCUGGUCGCGGUAUAUCUGUGCAGGAACUGCUGUUAUUUUAUCGCAGAUUGGGGAAGGACGUCAUGUUGUCUUACAGACCAAAUGUGCACACUACCAAUGAUGUUGUGCGACAGGCGAUUAUCCCAAUGACUGCAGCAAACGGGAGCUCCUAUGCACAGCUAGUCAAUAGAGGUGAACCUAAGAUGCCCCAAAAGAUGGUGACCCACAACUGGUCCAACCUUUUCCGAGACUUGCUGGCGAGUGUCAUUGCUGAUGCCCUUGAGGAGCACACCUUUGAGCUAGUUUCUGCUUUGCUGUCCGAUGAGGUGGGCAUCAAUGCCUUGGAGCAAAUGAUCCAGGUGCAAGGAAACUUGGAGGAUGUCUACUGGAUUUGUGCCUUUGCGGUGAACCAACACUCCGGGAUAUGUGGAGCGAACCCACGUGCAGAUGUUGAUCCUGUCACGAUGCUGCCACAUCCGGUAUGUUCAUGCGGGACUCCCAAAUUCUUCAACAGCACGCCACCUUUGAACCAGCAUGGGGAGAGCAUUCAUUGUGAAAUGAACAAGUUCGACGACAUGAUGUCUUUUCUAGCAUGCAGAGAUGUGUCUUUUGCAGAGGUGGUUGCUGUCGAUGCAUCAUUGGAACUCUUCAGCCGAGCCUGGUGUAUGGCUGAGCUGUUCGAAGCUCAUCGAAUGGGUAUGACUCAGAUCCUCCUGGUGAGGAAUAAAGACACGCUGCUCCGAAGACAGCACAUGCUAGAAGGCCUUAGAGUGCAAGACAUGAAAGCAAGCCGCCAACAAGAUGUCGAUGUCAUUCUGGCGAAGAUCCCGAACAAGGAUGCUUUCAACCAGAGACUUCGGUCUUUGAUUCUUGACAGGAAUGUUGGCCUUCUGACUGCUUGGAAACAGGCUGAUUCUUUGCAGCAAAUAGAGCAGCUAUCUCAUGUACUGAAGUGGGCUCGUUUGUCAACCAGUGUGGAAGAUGGACUGCAAGUGUGGCAGAAUUGGGUCUAGGCACCAGCCAUUCUUGUUUUGCGUCAGUAGAUGUCUGCAGCAUCAACAUCAAUGUGUGGCUAAAGCAGUGAGCGAAGACAGAAAAGAACUA